AGGCCGAGGAUUUAACCUGAUGACGAUUCUCAGAGUGGUCAAGCACCUUGUCAUGAUGACGGCUCGGUCAUCUUUGGGUCGGCCCACCGAUAGUAUGCCUCCACCCGGCCAAGGAAGAGUGCUCCCCGUUUUUGACUGAUCCUGUAGACUUUGUCUAGCCUAUGGAUAUUGCAAUGUCCACUUCGACAGCGGGGAGCGAGAUGGAUGGGAUUGACACUAACGCGACCUUGGCAGCGGCGGCGCCCGAGUCUGUGGCAGUGGGCACCUUGAUAAUUGAGCCAAACGACCCCGCCAUUGCAGGCCCUGAGGAGACCGAGACCGGAGGCGGCGGGGACAACGCUAUCGAUGAGGAUCUUACGGAUGAUACCCCUCUUCGACGACCGCCUCCAAACGGCCGGGAUGCCGUGAAUUUCGCUUGGUCUGAGCAAAGAUGUGUCGACUUGAUCCGCUUAUUUGGCCGAUGGUACGAGAAGCAUCACCAACUUUUGGCAACUAAGCCCGUGGCGGAGGUCAGGUACAUAUACGACCAAGCUUUUGACGAAAUACUCGAAGUAUAUCCGAGCCUUUGGGCUUGCAAAUUCAAAGCGCUUGGCCCAAAAUAUCAGCGCCUUGUUGAGGAUUGGAUGAUGGUUACCAAUAACUUAUUUGCCUCUAUGGAUGAUCUUGGGGAUGAGAUUUCGAAUCGUAUUCGCCGCAGAGGCAUGUCUCCCAAGGUGUACCUCCUGCUGAAACAUUCCACUGAACAGGUUCGACACGUUGACCUCGCGCCGUUGCUUGACGACCGACAACCUGGUCGCCCCACAAAAGUGGUGGCCAAGCUGGCUUUCUUCUUGGUUCAAGGGGUCCGCGCUGAAUUCAAAGCCCGCGAGGUCGUGGCCAACAUGGAUCGUCUCCGUUUGCGCAAGAUUUGGGACACCAAUUGGGAAGCCGAGCAACUCCGCCAUGCCCAGGUCCUGGUGGCAGAAGAGGUGCGCCACAAACAGGUCACUCAUGAACUCAAGAUUGAUGUGGCGAAAAUCGAACGAGCUCAGAUGCGUGCGAUCGAGAGGGAAGUCGACAGUAGUCGCGAGUAUGAUGAGGCAGAGGAGGCAUUGGAACCCUUCUCCAGACGCACGGCCGCUGCUAAUCCCGGUCCUGCCCACCAAAAUUGAGGUCACUGUCCAGUUGGUUUGUCCGCCUCUAUGCCUCAACUUAGCUUGUACAUAUGUUGGUUCACUGGAUACAGUUAACCAUAAAUAGCUCAAUAAUAUUACCUUUGCGAGGCGGUUCCUACUGUUUAAAUUUUUUAACCUGCUGUAGAUUAUAGCUCUACAUCCUCAACUACGCGUGGACUUGUAGUGCUGCCCUCAUACAAUUUGUUUGCUUGAUUAUAUUAUGGCAACUCCGCGAUUCACUAUGAUCUGUGUCCAUACAUAGGUGUACAAGGUGCUUAAACUAUCCCCAUGUGGCAUCUUGCAUGUUGCAAUGACAA